AUGGCAGACCAACAUGCGCGGUCAGGCAGUUCCAUUUCCAGCUCCAGUGCCUCCUCCGACUCAGUGAAUGAGAUAUCCAGGACAGAAUCUCGACCUCAAGGCUUCGCAGAAUCAAUCAAAUCUCGCCUUCGAUCAACCUCAAAUCCCAAUACCCCACAUUUGGACCGAGUCCACUCCGCCAAGCAUCUUGAUGAUCAGUCUGUGUACCAUAGCGACCACCCAACGACAAGCGACGAAGAAUCUUUGGAUGCGGAGAAAGUCGAGACCAUCCAGGAGGUACGAAACGGUAUUGUUAAUGAGCGGGAUGUCGAUCUCGAGAAAGGUCCACAAGAAAGCCCAGAGAUCCAAAAAUCAAAGUCGGCUCGCUCGACUAGAUCUUGCCAGGAUGCCAAACUUGUGGAUUGGGACGGCCCCGACGACCCCGAGAAUCCUAAGAAUUGGCCGAACAAGAAGAAGUGGGCCGCGACCAUCACAGUCUCGUUCUUCACCUUCAUUUCACCCGUCUCCUCGUCGAUGGUGGCACCCGCCUUAACUUCGAUUGCGGCUGAAUUCAACGUGACGGACCAGGUAGUAUCUCAGUUGAUGCUUUCCGUCUUCGUCCUUGCCUAUGCCGUCGGUCCUCUCUUCCUGGGCCCAUUAUCGGAAAUCUAUGGUCGUGUGAUUGUGCUACAACUGUCAAACCUAUUCUUCCUCGUGUUCAAUAUCGGAUGUGCGGUUUCACAGACCAAAGUGCAAAUGAUUGUAUGCCGAUUCUUUGCAGGAUUAGGAGGCAGUGCUCCACUCGCUGUUGGAGGAGGAGUUUUAUCCGAUUGUUUCCGUCCUGAAGAACGUGGUAAGAGUAUCGCGAUCUAUAGUUUGGCCCCCCUCCUCGGUCCAGCUCUGGGUCCUGUCGCUGGCGGUUUCAUUGCGGAGAAUACUACAUGGCGCUGGGUCUUCUACGCGACAUCUAUCACCGAUGGCAUAAUCCAAGUGGCCGGUCUCUUCUUCCUUCGCGAAACAUAUGCCCCUCGCAUUCUCCGUGAUCGUGCCCAGAAACUGCGAAAGGAAACCAACGAUGAAUCCUAUCAAACCGAAGCCGAGCUUCAGAAGAAGACCCUUGCUCAAGUUUUACGCGCUGCGUUGAUUCGACCUUUCCGCCUUCUUCUCACUCAAUCUAUCGUCCAAGUACUUGCGCUCUACAUGGCCUACGUUUACGGCAUUAUGUACCUCGUUCUUUCAACUUUUCCCGCUCUCUGGACCAACCCGGAAUACUACAACGAGUCCAUUGGAAUCGGGGGUCUCAAUUAUAUCUCUCUUGGCCUGGGCUUCUGGUGUGGAUCUCAACUCUGCGCUCCGCUCAACGACCGCAUCUACCGCCGCCUGAAAGCACGCAACAACAACAUCGGUCGUCCAGAAUUCCGUGUCCCACUCCUUGGAGUCGCGGCUUUCCUUAUCCCCGCUGGUUUAUUCAUCUACGGCUGGACCGCGCAGUCACACUGCCACUGGAUCGCACCCAACAUUGGCGCCCUCCUCUUCGGUGCAGGAACCAUUAUUUCCUUCCAAUGCAUGCAGACAUACAUGGUUGACACUUAUACGCGAUAUGCCGCUAGUGCUCUUGCUGCGGGAGCAUUUCUGCGAUCGCUCGCAGGCUUCGGAUUCCCACUUUUUGCACCUUAUAUGUACGACGCUCUACACUAUGGUUGGGGAAAUAGCGUGCUCGCAUUUGUCGCGAUUGCAAUUGGUAUCCCGGCUCCGAUAUUCUUGUGGAAGUACGGCGCGAAAUUGAGAGCCAGCAGCACCUAUGCUGCUGGAUAA